AAUAGUGCCAGCAGAGGUGACUUGACCGUGGAUGCUCUCUCUCGCUCUCCUCCCAUCCCUUGCCUUCCCUCCCUUGCUGCCUGUGGCCUUUGAACCCAUUGUUGUGUCGCGGGUGACGUCAGUGCCGUGUGCGGGAGACGGAGCGGCGUGCGCCUGGCGAGACAAAGGCGGCGGACCGACCGGGGUCAGGCAGCAGCAGCAGCAGCACUGUGCGCGCGCGUGUGUAUGUUUUGUAUCUAACGGGUAACGGCUACCGUUGGAUUUCAACGGCCGUCCUACUGAAGAUACGCAGAACCCAGACCCGGCGACACACCCCGGGAAUACGCUUCGACUCUCCAGAAGAGGAAGAGAGAGAGAGGGAAGGAAAAAACAACAACAACAGUGCUCUCUUCUCGGGUUUGAACGAUUUUCUCCUUCGCCCCCCCCCCCUCCACCGACACCCACCCACUCCCCCCAUUUGGCGUGCUAGUUAGCUUACCCGCUAGCUCCCUAGCGCUCUCCUUCUGGCUGCUUCUCAUCGCUCCCCUCCCCUUUGAAAAAAACCGGGCGUCACGCGUAGACGGGAUCUCUUCGACAAAGGCAACAUAAAAAGAGGGUGAGCUCACUCCCAUCAGGCACCCGCGAUCUGAUGUGAGAUCCACGGAGACACAAUGCCUAGCCCUUUAUUCCACCCUGAGAUUAUGGACCACGACGUGGUGAUCAGCAGCCAGCACAACGGGGUUGGUCUGCCCCGAGAGACGGACCAGGAGUCCCGGGAAGACGACCACCAAGAGGUGCUUCGCUUCGCCCUGGACCAGCUGUCACUCAUGGCCCUGGAGAAGGUGGACACUCUGGACGGGACCCAGGGACCGGGAUCCGAGGGCUGCAACGGCGUGGGCUACGUGGACCUCCAGAUGCUGGAGCAUCCGAACGGGUCCCAGGGAUCGCCGACGUCUUGUUCUCCAUCCCCGGAGUACUACGGCUCGGGCGGAUACCACAUGGCCGGCUCCCACGCCAUGCUCCACGGAGAACAAAGCUCCGUCCUCUGCAGCAGGAAAAGGAGUGUCAACAUGACUGAAUGUGUGCCCGUCCCCAGCUCGGAACAUGUGGCCGAAAUAGUGGGGAGACAAGGUUGUAAGAUUAAAGCCCUGCGUGCCAAAACAAAUACCUACAUCAAGACCCCAGUUCGAGGCGAGGAGCCAGUCUUCAUCGUGACAGGACGCAGAGAGGACGUGGAGAUGGCCAAGCGCGAAAUUGUCUCUGCAGCCGAGCACUUCUCUAUGAUCCGGGCGUCCCGCUGCAAAGCGGGAGCACCCGGAGGCGGAGGCGCAACAGGAGCAGCGGGAGGAGGAGGAAACGGCGGCACCGGCAGCGGGACCGGCUCCCUUCCUGGACCACCGCACUUGCCUGGACAGACCACUAUCCAGGUGAGGGUCCCCUACAGAGUAGUUGGUUUAGUUGUUGGACCGAAAGGAGCAACUAUUAAGCGCAUCCAGCAGCAGACCCACACCUACAUUGUGACACCGAGCAGGGAGAAAGACCCGGUGUUCGAGGUCACCGGCAUGCCUGAGAACGUGGACCGAGCGAGAGAGGAGAUCGAGACCCACAUCACCCUGAGAACCGGGACCUUUGUGGACCUGCAGGGAGACAACGACUUCCACUCGAACGGCACCGACGUGAGUCUAGAAGGCCUGAGCGCCCUGAGCGGAGGACUGGGGGCGUCUCUGUGGUCCAGGGCCACCGGCCACCAUUCUGGCCCUCCUCCUCCCCCGCCCUCCCCACCUCCUUCCACCAUUCCCAUAUCCAUGCAUCAUUCAUCCGGCCGCAAGAUGUCGUCGUCCAUUGCCUAUCACGCUCACAACGGCGGGAUGAGCUCAGACAACUUUGCCACCGCUCGCAAGGCCAACGAGGGAGGCAGCCCCACCAGCCCGUUUAGCACAGGUUCCAGCAGUGCUGGAGGAGGUUUCACUUUCGGGGGCGACUCCACCCCGGGGCUUCCCUCUUCGGACGAACUGGGCUUUGAGUUCAGCGCCGCCAACAUCUGGGCGCCUUUCAUCAACGGCGGAUCAGGCAACAAGACGGCCGGCUCGGCCCAGCAGCAGCCCGUGCGUCGCAACAGCAGCGGCCUGAGCGGUGGCGCCAUCACCCCGCGGCUGUCUCCGACUCUGCCUCAGGACACGGGCGUGGGCCCCCUGGAUCACCCACUAGCCCGCCGCGCUCAGAGCGACCCCCUCAGCACCCUCUCCUGGCUGCAGUCCAGCAGUGUCGGGGGCGGCUCCUUCUCGGGAGCGUCCAGCUCCGGCGGAUCGUCGACUGGCUACUCCUCCUGCUCGGCCUCCUCGCUGCCCGGCGGCUCGCCCACGGACUCCGAGGGAUGCGGCAGCGGCGUGGGCCUCAGUUCGGGGAUGCUGAGCCGGCUGAAAGGAAGCUCCGGCCCCGGGGUCCCGGGUCUCGUCGGCGUCGGCCCCGGAAUCAACAGGGACUGCUUUGUGUGCUUUGAGAGCGAGGUGACAGCGGCCCUGGUGCCUUGUGGCCACAACCUUUUCUGCAUGGAGUGCGCUGGGCAAAUCUGCCAGUCCGCUGACCCCGAGUGCCCCGUCUGCCACACCCCUACCACACAGUGCAUCCGCAUCUUCUCCUAAUGCCGCGGCUGGGGAAUGGGGUGGGUGGGUAAAAUGGGAGUGGGCAGGAGGAGGACCGAAGUGGGGGCAACAGCGGAGGCAAGGGAAGGAUUCACACUAAUAGCGUCCACACACACAAUGGGCCAUAUUAACUGCAUAAACCCGAUGAUGAUAUGAUACGAAUAUUGCUUCAUUAUUUUUUUUGCUGGCAAAUUUUAAGAUUAAAUAAUAAUUAUAAUAAUUGCAAUGACUUAUUUUUGAAGCGACGCAUAUUGAAACUGGAUCUUCAGACCGCGUGGGCUCAGUCUCUCAGUGAUGAACCUUUGGAAGGAAACUAGUGUCUUAUCUCUCUUCAGGCCUUCAUUUUGACCCGGAGCAGCCGUCCUGCUGGUCUGUCUCCACAUUUCUCCAUUCUGGCUUCUUCAGAUCUCUGCUUUCUGUCUCACAGCCUUUCCUUUUGACACUUUUGUACUUAACAGAUAUUUUUCAAUGGAGCUAUUGACGAGGCCUGCAAUUUUUUUACUCCUUAUUUUAAUGUCCUUGACCGAACGCAAACCGCUCCAACGGACCGUCGGUUUCCCAUCUCACUCGAGCGGUUCAAGCGGCCCGGUUGCUAUUUUUCUGCAGGCUUGGGACUUUUCGGUCCACGUGUAGUCGGGCCAAUAUCAGAACAAUACACAGAGGGAACCCUUUCGACGAUGACUUCCCGUUUUCUCUUUGCCUCACAGAAAUGAGCUGCCAGUUGCGCUAAAUACAUGCCGACAAUAGGCAUCUCUUUUUAAAUUGAUCAAAUUCAACGUGUUGGAUGAGUUUAGAAGCUUCACAUUUAAACUGUCACUGCUGCAUUAAUUCUCAUUAAUUGUCCCUAAAUUGAGGGUACGAGUUAUACUAUAGGAAUGUCUCUGAGGUCCGUUUUCACAAUCUCCGCCCACAAUUCCCCUCUUGUGUGUUUGUGAAUGCCGACUCAUCAGCACCAUUGUGUAUCGUCACCACGCUAAGAUCUGCUUCCUGUCCUGCUGCCGCUUUACUUCACUCUCAGUCCCAGUGGAAGACAUCGCUCUGAUCCAUCCCCGCCUGGACAUUUUCCUCUGCCCUUCCGUCUGUUACACUCCGAUCGGCUUCUAUAGCAUUUUCUACUACUUUUGGACUCAUGACUGCUGAGUGUGUGGCUCGCAGGUAUAUUUUGAACUCUUAAGAUAAGAUAGGGCUUUUCUAAAUAUCACACAUGAAUGUUUUGUCCACUUAGGUCACGGAGCGGCGGCCUCUCUGCCCCACGCAGUGCGGCAACAAGGGGCCCGUUUGAACCAUUUCUUUUCAUGCACUGUAACCUCUGGCCCCUCGAAAAAGAUAAGAAUCGGCUCUUACUGUUUUUGUUUUGGUCUUCCACCCUGCUCUCACAGCCAAGCUGUAUGGCCUCCCUCCCUCCCUCUGACACACUCACAGCCAUACAGCGCUGUACUCCUGGCCGACCGCGGUGCACUAUAAUGGUUAGUUGUGUAAACGUUGUCCUCUUGUUUUCGAAGCAUUACCGAGUAACUCCAGAUGAGGAGGUUGCUGUUACUGUUUUGUGUUAGUGGUUUUUAAAGAAUUCAGUGUGAGUUUGAAGUAACCGCCUCGAUAGUGUUAAUACUGUACGUAUGACUUGGGCGGUGUUGGUGUGGUGGAACGCCGUUCACGUUUGUGGCCCUUUUUCUUUUUUCUUUUUUUUUGUACAUGCAUGGAAUCGGCUCAUUGAAUGAGACAAGCCAUCGCCACAGAAUUAAAACGACACAUCUAAUUCUCAAGGGCUUCCUCUUGACUGCACAGACACACAAUCACAUUUUAAGGCUCACGCGCAGUAGGUAGAACUUAUCCUUUAUGGCAGCUAGUAGCUAGGUCAUCCAGGGCUUCCAGACACACUUUGUGGUCAAAUCCCAGCAGCUGCAGAAUGUUUUUGCUUCUUUUUUUUUUUCUUUCUUUUUUUAAUUCAUUGGAUUUUUCCAAACAUGUCCCCAUACAGUCCUCACAUUGAUGUCCUGGCAGCAGAGCGUGGGGCACCGCAGUCCCUGUCUGUCCUCUUCUCUGGCCGUGGUCUCAGAUCAGAGCGGGUCUUACGGUUUUAAUAUCGAGGAGGGGGGAGACAGCUCUACUUGAGGAUAUAAUAUGUGCGUAUAUGUGAGGGCCGCUUUUGGCUGUGCUUUCGUUUGCUCCAGAUGUUAAACUUAUUUGCCGUUCAUUUGCUAAGUUAAGUGACGAGGGCAGCAGCAGCUGCACAGAGGAAUCUAAUAAGCCGCUGUCCUGUUGCAGUAAUGCACUAAUUCAUGUGUCCACAUGUGUAGGAAAAAUCUACCCAGGAGCUAAACUGGUAGUCUUUGUGAAGACUCUCCCAUGGUGCUUUGGUGCAACUCUCUACUGAAACAAUGCGACCAACCAACCGAGUUAGUAGUGGGACGCCUCUCAGUCCUCAAACUAAACCCCGCAGAGCACAGUAGACCCGACACCCAUGUUUUAUCAUUCCCGUCAGAACUGGCUCGUGUCCAGCGCGCUCGGGUCCAACUGAGCGGAUUCGCCGAGGCCGUCUCGCCAGUCUACGGCCAAUCUUAAAAGCCCCUUUUCGAGUCGGCGUGUUAAAGGAAUUAAUUUGCCAGAUGGGACUAAUGUAAAUCCGUGUGUUGCACUGGGAAGUUUUUGGCCAAUGAGAUGUUAGGGUUUAAUGUACAGUAGUUUCAUUGUUUAAAAGGUACAGAGUUUUUCAGAUUGACUGCUGAUUUUUAUUUUGUUUUGAGCCAAACUCACCCCUCCCCCAUUUCUUUCCACAAGGUUUGAAAACAGGGUUUCCUGAGGCAUGCGAGCCAGUGACCUCUGACCUUUUUUUUUUUUUUUUGUGAUUUGAGGGGGCGGGGUGCAAAGAGAGCCUUGCCUGUAAGGGGUGACACCCCUUAAGCCGCAGCUCUUCUGUUUUUGGCUUUAAUUCUUUGUAUGCAGAACCAAAAUGUAAAACGUUGACAAUAGGUUUCAGGCCUGACCUGUGUGUAAAUACCCUGAAUACAAUCAUUGGGAUCUUGUUUUCAAAAGCAAAUGACUUAAAUGAAGAUGAGUGUAGUUUCUAAAGAACAUGUAUCAUUAUUUGUAAGUUAACCAUCUGCAUGUCUUCAAGCCAUCUGGCAUUAGCUAAUAAUUUUUAAGAUAAAAAAAAACAACUUUUUACACUUUAUUUUUUACAAUUAUUUGCUUACCUAAAUAUCCCAGACAAUAAUGUGACCCUUUUUAUUACUUCAAAUUUAUUUUUAUUUUCCAUUUUUUUUAUUUUCCUUAUUUUCUGUGUACUACAUAUAGGCAAUUUAUAACAAAAUGAGAAUUAUUGAAGAAAUUUUAAAAUUGAAAUAUAUUUUAUUUGAAAGUUUAUGGACCUUUUAACCAAGAGCCGGAAAAAUUGUAUAAUCAUAUAAUUUGAGCUGACUUGACGGUUAUGAGAAAUGUAUCAAGAGUUUUAUUUUUUAUGCUUCUUUAAUAAAGUCUUGUUUUUGGUUUCAUUUUUUUACUGUAAAAUAAGAAUUUGUGUGUGGCGUCUUUAUUUUUGGUUGUUUUCGGGGUGAAAUCGCCGUGUCGGCCGCACGGGGGCAGCAGAUCAGAGCAAAACUGAUAAAUGACGUGUGACAUUCUUAUAGAACCCUUUUUGGAAAUUUGACACAACAUACUGUGCUGUUCUAUGACUUUAUGAUCCCUUUUAUAGUAUGCUAUAUCACUUUUUAAAAACAUUUUGAUGGUCUAUGUUUUUUCACAACAUCCUAAAUUGUUGUAAUAUAUCACAGUUCAGUUUUAAUUAAAUUUCUUA